CAGUCGGUAGAGAACCGCGUGCCGCGCGCGUGCGUACAUCGCCGCCGUACAAUGUCCACCGCGUAGAUACCACAAGACACAGCCACCAUGCUAGUGCCCCCGGAGAUGAUGGCGGCACAGUCUAAACUAGUCUACCAGAUGAAUAAAUACUACAACGAACGUGUCGCCAACCGGAAGGCGCAAAUUGCUAAGACAAUACACGAAGUCUGUAGAAUUGUUCAAGAUGUCCUCAAAGAGGUUGAACUACAGGAGCCGAGGUUUAUUUCUUCGCUCACGGAUUACAACGGGCGUUUUGACGGUCUCGAGGUGGUGUCACCACACGAAUUUGAAAUCGUCAUUUAUCUAAACCAAAUGGGAGUUCUCAAUUUUGUCGACGACGGCUCUCUACCCGGAUGCGCUGUUCUGAAACUCAGCGAUGGCAGGAAACGCUCCAUGUCCCUGUGGGUGGAAUUCAUCACCGCUUCAGGAUACCUGUCUGCGAGGAAGAUCCGGUCGAGGUUCCAGACUCUAGUCGCCCAGGCUUGUGACAAGUGCUCGUACAGAGAUUGUGUGAAAAUGAUAGCUGAAACGACUGAAGUGAAAUUGCGCAUACGAGAACGAUACAUAGUUCAAAUAACCCCAGCUUUUAAAUGUGCGGGACUCUGGCCUAGAUCGGCGGCACACUGGCCUCUACCAGCCAUACCAUGGCCUCAUCCAAAUAUAGUUGCUGAAGUGAAGACAGAAGGUUUCGACCUACUAUCUAAAGAAUGUCUCGCAUUGCAAGGAAAGAAUUCGGCUAUGGAAGGUGACGCUUGGGUCUUAAGUUUUUUUGAAGCCGAAAAUCGGCUUCUACAGGGCGGAUGUCGACGGAAAUGUUUGAGUAUCUUAAAGACGAUUAGAGACCGGCAUUUAGAUUUACCUGGUAAUCCAGUGACCUGUUAUCACAUGAAGACACUGCUCUUAUACGAGUGCGAGAAGCACCCACGAGAGCACGAAUGGGAUGAGGCUGCAAUAGGGGAUAGAAUUAACGGAAUCUUCCUCCAGUUAAUAUCUUCGCUUCAGUGUCGCAGAUGUCCGCAUUACUUUUUGCCACACGUGGACUUGUUUAAAGGAAAAUCUCCGACGGCAUUAGAGAAUGCGGCGAAGCAGGUGUGGAGGUUGACGAGGGAAAUGUUGACCAAUUCCAGGGCUUUUGAAAAGUUGUGAACAGGUCUCCUAGAAUUAUGUGAUUGUUAGAGGUGAAGUGAUUUACCGGUAAUAUUAAUAUUCGUACUCGAGUCAUUUACGUAGAUUUAGGGGCAAAGUUGAAGCAUUUCUUUGUGUUGGAAUCCAAUAGGAAACUAGUGACUGAGUUGGUACGCAGAGACCGAGUGUGACAAAGUUACGUAUACGCAAUUUUGGUUAGUGAAUUUGUCAGAUAUUCCAUAUGGAUCGGACA